AAUAAUUUUGUUCGUGGUGGCGGUACCAAGCGUCCUUCUGAGUUGAGGUUAUGUUUCUGUUGCAUUAAAAGAAAUACAUAAAUAAAUGUUCAUGUAGCCGUCAAAUGCAUAUAUUUUUACCAUUUCAUUGAGUUAUUUUUGUAAAGACGUUACGAUCAUUUUCAAACCAACAAAAUGUCAGGAGGCAUGCUUUAUGGAGGAGAUGAAAUUGGAGCUUUGGUGUUUGACUUGGGUCAUCAUUCUUUAAGAGUUGGUUAUGCUCAAGAGGAUACUCCAAAGGCUGAAAUUCCUGCCGUAGUAGGCAUAGGAGAAGAUGGCAAUUGUACAGCUACCAAAACAGAACCCAUGGACAUCGAUGACAAGAAGCCGGAUAAUAAUAUCACACAAUCUGGGACCAAAUAUUAUAUUGAUACUACUAUAUUGCAUGUUCCUCGAAAGAAUAUGGAAGUUGUAAGUUACAUGAAAGAUGGUAUGAUCGAGGACUGGGAUCAUUUUGAGAAGGUUUUAGAUUAUACUUACUCCAAAGUGAUUCAGUCAGAUGCAGAAUAUCAUCCAGUAUUGUUUUCCGAAUCACCAUGGAAUGUUCGUAGUAAAAGAGAACGAUUAACUGAACUAAUGUUUGAAAAGUACAAUGUACCAGCAUACUUUUUGGUAAAAAAUGCAGUGCUUGCUGCUUUUGCAAAUGGUAGAGCAACUGGUAUUGUUGUUGACAGCGGAGCAACACAUACUUCUGCUGUACCUGUUCAAGAUGGUUUUGUAUUAACACAAGCAAUAGUUAAAUCCCCUCUUGGAGGAGACUAUAUUAGCAUGCAAUGUAGACAAUUUCUUCAGGAUAAUGAUAUAGAUCUAUCUCCUUCUUAUAUGGUGGGUAGUAAAGAAGUUGUUAAAGAUCAUGACAAACCUCGGUGGAUUAAAAAGAAAGGCUUGCCAGAAGUUACUAAAUCCUGGCAUAAUUAUAUGGUAAAGAAACUUAUUCAAGAUUUUCAAGCCACUGUAUUACAAGUUUCAGAAACUCCAUAUGAUGAGAAAAUAGUUUCCACAAUUCCUGCAGUACAGUAUGAAUUUCCAACUGGAUACCAUCAGGAUUUUGGGAGUGAGAGAUUUCGUAUACCGGAAGCUCUCUUUGACCCUAGUAUGGUGCAAAUGCGGGGAGGUAUGGUUGGCAAUACUAUGCUAGGAGUAGGUCACAUUGUACAAACCAGUGUUGGUAUGUGUGAUGUUGAUGUAAGGCCAGCCCUAUAUGGAAGUGUCGUUGUUACAGGCGGAAAUUCAUUUAUUCAGGGCUUCCCAGAGCGUUUAAAUAGAGACCUGUCCAUGAGAAUACCAUCUAGUAUGAGAUUGAAAUUAAUUAGCGUGAACGGAUGCGCUGAACGACGAUUUGGAGCUUGGAUCGGUGGAUCUAUAUUAGCUUCGAUUGGAACUUUCCAGCAAAUGUGGAUCUCCAGUCAAGAAUAUGAAGAGAGCGGAAAGAGUCAAGUAGAACGAAAAUGUCCAUAAAUUAAUAAGUUAUUUUCAUUUACUCUCGUCUCUAUAACGUCGUUCAUAUUUGUACAAACAUUUCCUUAAAAGUUUCUUUUCUUAACAAAUAAGUUUGAAAGAUCACGUUUACACAGAUUAAAAGAUACAUAUACAUUGACAAAUUUCACAUUCUCCGAGAUUCGUUUGAAAGUAAUGCGUCUUGGAUCUUGACCUAAGAUAAGUAUAUUUUACUUAUAAGUGAUAUUGAACAAUGACUUGUAAAUUAUGCAGUCAAAGUGAAAGUUUUAUUUAUUAUCAAUGCACCACAUAAAUGCAAUAAAAUUUUAUAAGAAAUGGUGUAUGCAAAGUUGUAUUAAAAUUUUUAUAAAAACUUACCGUGGAAAAUACAAAUCUUUAACAUCGA